AUGCCCCAACUAAAUCCUAACCCCUGACUUUUUAUUAUAAUCAUUUCAUGACUAACUUUCUCCCUGAUUAUUCAACCCAAACUCCUAUCAUUUGUGUCAACAAACCCCCCAUCUCCUAAAUCCACUGUAACCCCAAGCACCACCCCCUGAACCUGACCAUGAACCUAA